AUGCCAAAGCGAAAGUGUGAAGCCUUCACAGGCGCACAGCCGAUAUCCGUCAGCUCGCUCGACGCAGCUCUCGACUUGCUAGCAUGCGAGACCUUCACUCGGCUCGAUCACUUGACGGCUCGAUUCGAAGCGGCUACUGGGCUCAAAUUGAACGAAGGAGUGGUACAUAAGCGAUGGGAUGAUGCAGUACAGCGAUAUCACAUGAUGAAAGGGCUAGGCGGACUCAGUUGUGCUGCAAAAGCUGCUGGUGUAGAAGUAUCCGAGGAAGCGGCUUCUGGCUCGAAGGAGCGCGAGAGGGACUGUGGUGGAAGUCGAAGGGGCUCUAUGGGUAUCAUGGAAACUGGCCAUGGACCUGUAGAAUUCGCACCGAGAUCCAGGAGACCACUCCCCGCCAAUGUAUAUCCCGGUGCAGAAGCAAAGUAUAAUCUGGACCCCGAGGAAACAGCAGAAUGGAAGCGGUGGCAGCCCAAGAUCAACGAUGUCGUCUUGGUCGACAUGCCAGAUGAUGGUGGCAUAUGGCCAGGAAAGAUUAUCGACAAGAAGAUAUUCUUCCAAGGUCGAACUGUACCUCGAGGCAAUCACUUUUGGCCCGUCCGGAUCUACAGCGAUACUGUUGAGCCGACGGUGACAAUCAAGUCACGGAUGAUCCCUCUCACUCUCCGCCCCAAGCCCCCCCUCUUCGCUCCCGAGCACCUGCUCAGCGCAUAUAAUCACGCAACCAACCCAGAAUCGUUCGACAAAAUGGCAGGCGCCCGCGAAGCGGCAGCUGCUCACCUUCGAACCCAUCCCGGGGUUAGUGACGAUUCUGACAUGGAGCGAAUCAAAGUCGAGAAAGAAGCCUGGAACAAAUUUGUCAAUUGGGUCAUGAACGAACGACGAGUGGAAAAAUUGCGUGCACUGGAAGCCGAACGGAACAAGAGGUUGUUUCAAGUCGCGCAGACGGAUUUCGCGUUGGAAGCUGUCGGCGAACGAGUCUCGGACUCUGAGACAGAUCUAGUCAAGCGCCGUCGGAAGGGAAAACCUCUUCCUGCCUGGGAUGGAGAACUUCUAGAUGAUGCUGAGAGUAGAAGAGGCUCCAUGCCUAGCAUAUUUGGACCCGCGGCUCACAAGCCCGAUCCCCAACCGGAUUCCCCUGCUCGAGGUCUGUCAGGGUUAUUCCGACCCGCUCUCUCCACACCAACUCGACCCAUGUCGCCGAGAAGAUUGGCAGAGAAGAAACGAGCAGUCCUGCUCGGCUGUGGCGAAAAGAGCCCCCGAAGAGGUGGUACUUACACACCCCCUCGUAUUCUGCCUUCUGGAGACGAAACGGCUCCCAAUCGUGUGUCUUCGCCCGUGCCUUCGAGAAACUUUGACUUUGUCAGUCCUCUCGGCCCUGUCAGGUUAGGUGUGCUGGCGGGCGGGUCGAAUGGAGUGGACAGUCCUCUCCGUGGCAGUCUUGAAGUCGUGAAAGAGGAAGCUGAAGAGGAUGGUGCUGAUGGUUGGACUCUUGUCAAAGGAAAGAAUGAGCACCAAGCAAGAGGUCUCGGAAUCCGCAUGGAGGGAGUCAGCGAGGGAUAA